AUGGCCCUUAGCAAUCUGACAUCAAAGGCAGUACUACUGUAUGAUGAAUGGAUUAAAGAUGCUGAUCCAAGACUGGAAGGCUGGCCACUCAUGUCUUCACCUUUUCCAACAACCUUUAUAAUUGGAACCUACAUUUAUUUUGUCACUUCUUUGGGACCCAGACUCAUGGAAAACAAAAAACCUUUUGACCUUAGGCAGAUAAUGGUGUUUUAUAAUUUUAGUGUGGUAGCUCUCUCUUUAUAUAUGACUUAUGAAUUUCUUAUGUCGGGUUGGGCCACAGGGUACUCAUUCCGUUGCGAUAUCGUUGACUACUCCAGGUCACCUACAGCUUUAAGAAUGGUACGAAUUUGUUGGCUCUACUACUUUUCCAAGUUCAUUGAGUUAUUAGACACUAUAUUUUUUGUGCUGCGUAAGAAAAACAACCAAGUUACAUUCCUGCAUGUCUUUCAUCAUUCCAUCAUGCCAUGGACCUGGUGGUUUGGAGUCAAAUUUGCUGCAGGUGGUUUGGGAACAUUUCAUGCUUUGCUGAACUGUAUUGUCCAUGUCAUCAUGUACACUUAUUAUGGAAUCUGUUCUUUGGGCCCAGCCUAUCAUAAAUAUUUGUGGUGGAAAAAAUAUAUGACAACUAUACAACUUGUCCAGUUUGUUAUGAUUACAAUUCAUAUAGGACAAAUCUACAUCAUGGAUGAUUGUCCAUACCAGUAUCCAAUUUUCAUGUUCAUUAUUUGGCUAUAUGGCUCUGUGUUCUUAGUCUUGUUUCUCCACUUCUGGUACCAUGCUUACACGAAAGGACAAAGACUACCAAAGAUGGCAAAAAAUGGGAUCAACAAAGAUCAGUGAAACAAACUCUAGUCUCUAAACCCAAAAAAUUGUGUAUAUGUCAAAAUGGAAA